AUGAAGACUGUUACGCUGUUUGUCUUGCUUGCGGCGUCAGUCGCCUCAGUCUUUGCUGCUCCCAUUCCGUCUUCAGAGCUUGCUCAAGCCACUCGACGAGAUGGACAUGGGACAGAGUUUGACACGGACCUUUGUCUUCUCAAGAAGCGAACAGGAGUGAUUGGCGAGGGGAUCGACAAUUGCGACAUGUGA